AUGGGUGAACACCCGCAACACCCGCAACACUCGCAUAAACCUCCCCCAAGCCCUGAGCCACAGACAUUUGAACCCCCCAGGACGCAGUGGGACCCAGCUCGGGAACCACCGCCCCUCAAUACAAAGCCCGAAGGAAUUGCUCUCGAGUCAAAGACGUAUACUAUGUCAGAGGACAAUGGGCUUUUCAAGCCCCCUCCCUUUUACCCCGAGGCUCCGAAGAAUAUGUACUAUGAAGUACCCAGCACCAAACCGGAACCAGAGAAACUUAGCCAAAUUUUCCCUUGGGAGAAUCAGGCCCCCAAGCCGACUCGGGUUUUCGUAAAUGAUGAUCAAGGAUCGGUUUCGUUGCCUAGCUCCAUGCUCUCUCCAGUCUCUCCGAAAGAACCCCCCACGUCAUCCGUGGAAUACACGGCAUCCUGGACGACCGAAAAACGAUCCGAGUCAUGGGACAGCUACUCUAGGUCAAAUGCAUGGGAUGAUGUUCCAGAAAUACAGAGAUACAUUCAAUCCAUUGCACCACCUAGGAGAGCCAAAGUCCAGGUUAUCGGCGGGUGGGGCAGCUCUGCAAACCAGCAAACUGCUGGUGCAGAGUCUAGUAUGCGUUUAACGGACUUCCCUAGCGAACAAGAGCGGCCCAGUCUUCCCGUUACCCCAGCCCCUAUUAGGAGACCACCGCCUUCUUCCAACGUCCUAGGCGAGAGGUCCACCUCGGGGCAGUUACCCAUUGCCGAAGGCGUGCCAAACCAGGAAGAAUGGAACCCGUCAAUACGUCUCGAGGAACUUCAGCGGCAUCAUUCUGAAGUUCUAAAGAACCCGGAUCUACUUCUCGAGCGGAUUGAAAGAGCAGCAAGGGAACGCAGCCGUAGGUAUUCAUAA